UUAGUAUAAUUUGUACCGAACGCAGACCGCAACUGCAAAAAAGAAGCGUCUGGGUGCGAUUGCGGUAUAAGCGAACAAUCCCUAAACCCGAAAAUAACCAAAAGGAAAAACGCAGAGAAUUCGAACCAGAGAGAUCUUUCGAAUCAAAACGAUCUGAAGAAGAAGAAGAAGAAGAAGAAUCAAAAUCUGGAUCAGAAACAAGGGAGGAGAAGAUGUUGCCCACAACUUCCAGAUCUCGUUCUUCAUCUUCUUCAUCCCGAGCUAAUCCAAUGUUCCUUCAGUACUUUCGUCGUAUCGUUAAGUGGCAGCAAAUGGAUGUUGAAUAUACUUUCUGGCAAAUGCUUAACCUUUGUACAUCUCCGAAAGUUGUCUAUCAACACACUAAGUAUCACAAACAAACUAAGAACCAAUGGGCACGUGAUGACCCUGCGUUUAUUGUGAUCUGUAGCCUGCUUCUUGUUGUUGCAACUGUAGCCUAUUGUGUCACGUAUGACCAUAGUAGCUCUCAUGCCGUCGUCGUAGUCGUUUCAGUUUUGUUCACCCAUUUCUUAAUCACCGGAGCAGUUAUAGCUACAUGCUGUUGGUUUUUGACAAAUUCUUACCUUCGCGAGGAGACUCCAAACAGUCAUGUGGUGGAACAACGCGUUGAAUGGCUGUAUACAUUUGAUGUUCACUGCAACUCGUUCUUUCCAAUGUUUGUGCUGCUCUACGUCGUACAUUACUUCUUAUCACCGCUCCUGAUAGCACACGGAUUCAUCCCUUUACUGCUAUCGAAUCUGCUUUUCAUGGUCGGGGCUUCGUACUACCAUUAUCUUAACUUCCUAGGAUAUGACGUGCUUCCAUUUUUGGAGCGAACAACAUUCUUCCUCUACCCAAUCGGAGUUGUCAUUGUCCUGUCUCCUAUUCUUAUCUUAAGCGGAUUCAACCCGUCAAGAUAUUUCAUGAACAUGUACUUCAGCCAAAGGUUAUAAAAAAAACAGCCACAUCAGUGGAAUCCUUAGGGCUUUUGCACUGCACAUACAUCAUUAAAGUAAGGAACAAGAAGAUUGAGAGAGUAAUGAUUUUCCCUUUUUUACCCGUAACAGAUCAUCGUAAUGCUCAGUUUCUGGUACAACUUCAAAAGGCUACUUAAUAGACCAGUAACAUUUUCUAAACAUGACCCCUCUUAGCAAGUGCUCUGUUAAAUGUAGUGGUUUUUUUGGCAUCUUUCUUUUGCGGUCAUUCAUACGUUACGUGUUGCGACUGUCAUUGAGUCAUAAGUACAAAAUCAUGAUCUCGCAGAUUCUGGAAAGUUGUACUAAAGGAAGGACCGGUCAGAUAUUUGAUCUGAUGAUCAUCUCUCUAAGGUUAAUGGCUUAUGUUAUCUUUGGAUACAAAAUUUGUAUCCAACUGCUCACUCUUUUUCAUCUUAAAGAUCAAAAAGUUGUUUUUGAUUGCUAUCAAUUUUGCAUCUAAACGCUGCUGCAUCCAACCAAAUUAACUUAUCCACACAAAC